ACCAUAUGGAUGGCUCCAAACAUUCCAAGUCAGCCAACAAUUUGCCUGGAUCAAAGGCUUCAGUACAAGAGAACUGUGUGUCUGUGAGUGGAAGUGAGUCUCAGAAACAGCUCUCGUCAGACAUGGAUGUGGAUGUUGAGUAUCCCGGACCUUCUCUAAAGGAGCACCUCAUGAGAGAAGAGAGUGACAGUGGGAGUAGACUUAUUCUUGAUGAUGUGAGCAGUGCUGUGGUGCAGUCUGAUUCUGCAUUCAGCUGCAGUCCUGAUGUGGUUCCUAUGGAACUUGACAAAGAGAAUGAUCUCAUUGAACUUAAAAGUGAUGAUGAAUCUGGCCAAACUGAGUUGAAAGAGUCCCACUAUUCAACAGAAGUUGUCUUGUCUUCUGAAUGCUGGGAGACACAAGAGUCAUCAAAUGGUAAAAAGCGACUAAAAGCAGCAGAGAUGCCAAAGGUUACCAGUAGGUCUGAAGAGAAAAUAACUUGUGAAACAGAUGCAAUAAUGACCAGCAAUGUUUCCAGUGUGGAGAUGGAGCAAGGUGAUGAUGUUGAAGUAGAAGUGAUAAAAGUGGCAGCAGAAAUGGACCAGAGACAAGCUGUGAUCAGCUCCCUCAUGGAACACCUCUUGGGAGUGGUUGUGAGAAAAAGUGAAAUGAAAGUGAAGACUACAUUCAAGAAUGUUGCAAAACCUGGGACAUCAGUGAUCUCAGGAUCUACCAAGAAACCAAGGCAGCAGGACUCACCUAAAGAACCAGAAUCUCAACCUGGCCCCAGUUCACGGCGGACACCUAGGAGGGCAGCCAAAAAGGCAGAAAACAAUAUCAGGAUAUAUGCUCAAGCUGAAGCCAACCAAGAGGCCGAGAAUGAGGGGUCUGGAAUGAUCACACAGAUAUGUGCUCAAUGCAAAAAGCUGAAGCUAUGUCGAUACCAAGUCAUCAUGAGUGACAAGCGAAUACACCUCUGUGAUGAAUCCUGCUUCAAUACGUACAAAGCCCUACAUGGGUUCAAGACUUCUGGAUCAGCACCCAUUGUAAAAGGCUCAUCAAAGCUCAAACCUGUUCGCAAAGUCUCCAGUACUGAUGAAAACACACCUGCCUGCCUGAAUGGAAUCCCAAGAUCUUUUCAUUGUGCCUACUGCAAUGCUAACACUCAAUCACAAAAUUUUGGCCUCUCUUGGGAGACCAUGGAUUUUUGCUCGCAGAAUUGUUUAGAAAAAUACCAGACUCACUAUGGGUCCCACUGUGCCCAGUGCAAGACCAAGGUGAAUGCACCUUGUCUUGGGAAGUAUUGUGUGCGGUUUGGUUCUGACAUUCGUCAGUUCUGUUCCAAUCCUUGUCUGGAGAGCUUCAAGAAGAACCUCAAGGUCUGCACCUACUGUCAGAUGGACAUUUCAAAUUCUUCAGAUAGCUUCCUGGCACCUGUUGGGGACAAAGGAGUGUUCAAGGACUUUUGCUCCCCAAAAUGCAUGGAAAAGCACGAGGAACUAAAUGGAGCUCGUUCAAAGCAAACAACAGGCCCACCUGCAAAGUGUGCAGUUUGUGGACAGGUGAAACCAGCAAAGGUUGAAGUGAUCCUCUCUGCACGCAAUGCCUCCCUAUGCUCAGAUCCAUGCUUCAUGGCAUUCAAAUAUGCCAAUCACCUUAGUGUUGUGAGAUGCAAGAUCUGCUCCAAGUACCUGGAAAAAGAAUCCCAGAAAACCAUGAGUACGACCUACAACCGAAGAACUGAAUACUUUUGUUCCAAAGUGUGUUUGAGUGUAUUUGUGCUGGCAACCCGCAAGAUUGUCCCCUGUGCAUCAUGCAAGGUGAAGAAGUACAACUUUGACAUGAUUGAGAGAUGGAGCCCCACCAUUAGACCUAUUGAGUACUUCUGUUCCCUGGUUUGCUACGAGAAGUUACCACUGCCAAAACCCACCUCAGCUGUAGCAACCACAAAUCAAGCUUUGCAGUCAGUUCCAAAUUCCAUCCAGACACUGGCAGUGCCAGCUUCCAGUUCAAGUGGAACCCAGGCCCCUACUCCAAAUGUCAUUCGGGUGCGCUGCGAGUAUUGUCAGAAGCAGGCUCCAAUCUCAUAUCAGUUGAUGCUGAGAUCAGGGAAGACUGCCAACUUCUGCUCACAAGGGUGUGCCUCAUCAUUCCAGAAAAAAGCCCCAGGGAUGACCACAACUGUGAUGCCCAUUCAAAGCACUGCCACAGCAGUUUCCCCAGUCCCAGUGGUGACACAAGGGAUAUUGUCAUCUUCAGCCAAGUUGCCCAUUCAGAGCACUGCGGCAACAGUGUCAACUCUUCCAGUGGUGACAUCAGGGAUGACAUCAUCAGCCAAGCUACCAAUUCCAGUGAUUCAGACUGUAUCAUCUCUGGCCCCUUCUCCAAAUCUCAGUCCAAAUAACACCCCUACAACUAAAGCACAAGCGAUGGGAAGAGCCCACUCGGCCAGUUCUCCUCCUCUUGUGUGCAACAUUGAAACCAGGCCUCUCCAGGACGACAUAGAAAUCAAGACCAUAGAUCCCGAUACCAGGAUCAUACUUGAUGCCCAGAUCAAUGUGCUCCUGGAUGCCAAAGCCGAAGUUGCCAGAGCUGUGGCCUAUAUGAGGUCCGGUAUGGAUCUCGUGUGUCCCAUUUGUGGGAGACGCUUCCUGGACCCAGAAUCCAUGAAGAUGCAUCACGUAUCAGAUCAUUCUGUGUCGGAUUUAGCUGAUGCUUUGACUGCUCUGCAAAUGAUGAUGAGGCAAAAUUUCAAAGGGACAAGCCCUCUUCCGAAUUCCAGCACAGAAGUCAGUGAAAGCAGCCAUCAACAUGAAUAUUGCAAGGCCGCCGACACUAGGAAUUUUGAUAUUAGUUCUGGAAUCCAGGAAGACUAUGAGCCCGAAGGUUUUGUCUACAAAUCAUAUCUCACAGAGCACAAGUUUUAUCAUCAGAAGGAGCGUCAAUUCAUAUGUGAGACAUGUGGACAGAGUUACUCCAGUGACAGUUGUCUCAGAAAACACCAGAAACGCCAUUCCAAACAGAAGGCACAUGUGUGUGAAUUCUGUGGGAAGGGGUUUGUAGUUCGAUAUGAUCUCACAGCACACAUCAAAAUGGUCCACCAGAAGCUGGUUCGGAAAGCUCGUCGCAAAAGAGCUCCCACUAAUGAGAAACCAGGGGAGAUGGCUGAUGCUUCCAGCAUGAAUGAGGCAGCAGCCAUGAUUCUCUCUGAUUUGGAAUCUGAUCUUCAGUCAGUACAAAGCACGCAUGGACAGAUGAAUGAGGAGGUAGUUGUGGUACCAUACAGUGAGUAUAACCCAUUUGAGGACCAAGACAAGAAUGUCUGUGAUCUGGUGAAGGAUCUCCCACCCAAUCUGAUUGCUCAGGUCCAGCAGAGUCUUUCCAUUCAUGUUGCAGUGCUGGCUGUUUUUAACCAGCAUAUCUAUAAGAAGUCCCCAAAAGAUGACUGCAGCCACAAAAAGCAAGAAACUGAACAGCCCAACAAUAAAGGACUAAGAAUUCUUGAAGCUCUUGCAGCAUCUGGCCUUAGGUCAAUUCGCUUUGCCAAAGAGGUAGAAGGUAUUGCAGAGAUCAUUGCAAAUGACUUAUCCCAUUCAGCUGUUGAGAGUAUCACAAAGAACAUAAAGCAUAAUCAUGUGGAGAGCUUGGUUACACCCUCCUGCAAGGAUGCUACGCUCCUCAUGUAUGAGAGCAGAAGAAAGGAGAAUCGUUUUGAUGUAAUAGACCUUGAUCCCUAUGGGAGCCCCAGUCAGUUUCUUGAUGGAGCAGUCCAGAGUCUGGCAGAUGGAGGAUUACUGAUGAUCACUGCCACUGACAUGGCUAUUCUAUGUGGAAAUACCCCAGAGAAGUGCUUUGCAUCCUAUGGUGCCAUGCCACUCAAAUCCAAGUCUUGUCAUGAAAUGGCAUUAAGGAUUAUUCUUCAUAGCCUUGAGUCCCAUGCAAAUCGAUAUGGACGAUACAUUCAUCCAUUGCUUAGCCUCAGUGCAGAUUUUUAUUGUCGCAUCUUUGUCACAGUCCAUACAUCACAAGCCCAGUGCAAAUACAGUGCAAGCAAGGUAGGCUUGGUGUAUCAAUGCAGUGGGUGUGAAACAUUGUGGAGUCAGCGCAUGGCUCAAGUGAAAAGACCUGGCCCCACUCCUGUCUUUGCCAAUUCACCUGCCAUACCUAAUGGCCCUACCUGUACUCACUGCAACCAUAAACUGAUUAUGGGAGGACCAAUGUGGCUAGAAGCCAUACAUGACAAGGUGUUUGUGGCUGAGCUUUUGCAGUUCAUCAAUGAAGGAGAAAAAAGGCAUUUUGGUACCGAGCGGCGUAUGGAUGGAGUGCUUAGCAUGAUUCUGGAGGAAUUAGAUACUCCCUUUUAUUACCUCAUCGAUAGACUCAGUUCUGUUGUGAGGACCCAGCCCCCUCCCCUCUUGAAAUUCAGGUCAGCCCUGAUGAAUGCAGGUUUUGAGGUCUCCCUCUCACAUGCUUGCAAGAACUCCAUCAAGACUAAUGCACCAGAAACUUUCCUCUGGGAUGUAAUGCGUACAUGGGAGAAGAAGUAUCCAUGCAAGCGGGAGAAUCUAGAUACUAGAAGCCCAGCAAUGGUGAUACUGUCCAAAGAACCUGAGGCCAAAGUGGAUUUCACAGUGAGGAAAGAUGCAAAUCCAGCCAGCCGAGAACAAGGCCUCCUUCGUUUCCAGAAGAAUCCCUUGCCAAACUGGGGGCCUAAAUCCAGGGCCCAGAUGUCGUGAGUCUUGCUGUGUUUUUUCCCAUGGCAAAGACUUCUACUGAGCUUUUUUUUUGUUUGUUUCCAACAUGCCAGAACAAAAGGUGAGUCUGAAGAUUCAACUGGAUCUAAACGAGAGAGGAAUCAGGGCAAGCGAAAGAACAGGACAGAAGAAACACCUCCAGAG